AUGUCCCCACAAGAUAUCGAAGCUGGACAACAUUAUGCUGGCGGCUAUGCCUCGUUUGCUGAAUUCAUUGAGAGGGAUCCAGAGUUGGCCAUAUACCGUAGAUUCCAACACUUGAGCGCCAGGAAUAUUCUGUAUCUGCAGAGCGAGCUGGUUGAAGCGGAGAAGCGGUUGGCGGAAUUUGAUAAAGAAGACCGAGAGCAAAAGAAAUCCAACACCGAUGUUAUGCUGUGUACAAGAUGUUGGAUCUCAUUACGGUCAGAAGCAACACGCAGCGAUCGAGCCGAGAAGCGGGAAACCCUUAUUCUAAAGAUACGGCUGCUCAUGAAAGAAUACCACGAAGCCAUUUUGCUUCAAAGUCAAGUCAUGCAGCUUGAGAAUCCAUUAUCCCGCACCUGGGAGGUUUUUCGAAAAUGGUAUUCCAAAUCUCGCCCUUUAAUCGAAGAUUUUAAUGGCAUGCAAGCCAUGAAGUUAGCGGAUUUCGUAGCUCUGCGGCCGGCACUAGAGCGAGACAGAUUAUCGCAGUUUUUGCACAAAUACGGUGGUUAUGCCACUUUUCUCUGCAAGGGUAACGGUAACAGUGCAAGCUCAGUCCAUUAUUUCUCCGAGCAACACAUAUCGCAGAUUGUCACUUUUAUCGGAGUCCUGACGUCAGCAAUAUUGCUGAUAGGAGCUAUUGUGUCUCUCUAUGUGGUUGGGCGGCCUGGUGUGCGGUUAGGGAUGAUUGCAGGAUUUACAAUUCUCUUUGCUUUGAGCGUAGCUCUAUUUACAAAUGCGCGGAGAGCAGAGAUAUUUACGGCAACAGCAGCUUAUGCAGCAGUUCUUGUGGUCUUCGUAUCUGGUAAUUUGGGGAGUGUCUAA